GCUCCGAGGAGGAGCCUGGCGCCGCCAUUUUCCUGCAGCUGCCUGUCCCUCUUGCCCAGCCCGGCUCCAGCUGACCAGGGAAGGGGUGGGCUGAGCUGAGGCGGGGGCAGGGGAGUGCCCGACACUGUGCCUGACCCCGCGGGUGACACGAGCCGGUUCUUUCCGGGCUAGGUGGCAGCGCGCGGCCCUCAGCCCCGCCCCAGGCCGGCAGGCGGAGAAGGAGCCGGUGGGGGUAGGGGGUGCGGUGGGGGGUGGGGGUCCUCCGGCGCUUGGGGGUCCCAGUCCCCGCCGGCUGCCGAGCGGGAGGGGUGGCGGAGGAGCCGCAGAGAUGUCCGGCCAGAGCUUGACGGACCGAAUCACCGCCGCCCAGCACAGUGUCACCGGCUCCGCCGUAUCCAAGACAGUAUGCAAGGCCACGACCCACGAGAUCAUGGGGCCCAAGAAAAAGCACCUGGACUACUUAAUUCAGUGCACAAAUGAGAUGAAUGUGAACAUCCCACAGUUGGCAGACAGUUUAUUUGAAAGAACUACUAAUAGUAGUUGGGUCGUGGUCUUCAAAUCUCUCAUUACAACUCAUCAUUUGAUGGUGUAUGGAAAUGAGCGUUUUAUUCAGUAUUUGGCUUCAAGAAACACAUUGUUUAACUUAAGCAAUUUUUUGGAUAAAAGUGGAUUGCAAGGAUAUGACAUGUCUACAUUUAUUAGGCGGUAUAGUAGAUAUCUUAAUGAAAAAGCAGUUUCAUACAGACAAGUUGCAUUUGAUUUCACAAAAGUGAAAAGAGGGGCUGAUGGUGUGAUGAGAACAAUGAACACAGAAAAACUGCUUAAAACUGUACCAAUUAUUCAAAAUCAGAUGGAUGCCCUUCUUGAUUUUAAUGUUAAUAGCAAUGAACUUACAAAUGGGGUAAUAAAUGCUGCCUUCAUGCUCCUGUUCAAAGAUGCCAUUAGACUGUUUGCAGCAUACAAUGAAGGAAUUAUUAACCUGUUGGAAAAAUAUUUUGAUAUGAAAAAGAACCAAUGCAAAGAAGGUCUGGACAUCUAUAAGAAGUUCCUGACUAGGAUGACAAGAAUCUCAGAGUUUCUUAAAGUUGCAGAGCAAGUUGGAAUUGACAGAGGUGAUAUACCAGACCUUUCACAGGCCCCCAGCAGUCUACUUGAUGCUUUGGAACAACAUUUAGCUUCCUUGGAAGGAAAGAAAAUCAAAGAUUCUACAGCUGCAAGCAGGGCAACAACACUUUCCAACGCAGUCUCUUCCCUGGCAAGCACUGGCCUGUCUCUAACCAAAGUGGAUGAAAGGGAAAAGCAGGCAGCAUUAGAGGAAGAACAGGCUCGUUUAAAAGCUUUAAAGGAACAGCGCCUAAAAGAACUUGCAAAGAAACCUCAUACCUCUUUAACAACUGCAGCCUCUCCUGUGUCCACCUCUGCAGGGGGUAUAAUGACUGCACCAGCCAUUGACAUAUUUUCUACCCCUAGUUCUUCUAACAGCACAUCAAAGCUACCAAAUGAUCUGCUUGAUUUACAACAGCCAACUUUUCACCCAUCUGUACUUCCUAUGCCAUCUACUUCUCAGGUAGCAAGUACAUGGGGAGAUCCUUUCUCUGCUACUGUAGAUGCUGUUGAUGAUGCCAUUCCAAGCUUAAAUCCUUUCCUCACAAAAAGUAGUGGUGAUGUUCACCUUCCCAUUUCUUCAGAUGUAUCCACUUUUACUACUAGGACACCUACUCAUGAAAUGUUUGUUGAUUCUUUUUGUGGCACUCAGGCUUAUCCUGAUUCUACCCUUAUGUGCCACGAGUCUUCUGCUGUAGCUGGUUUAUUUGGAGGAUUCACUCCAUCUCCAGUUGCACAGCCACAUCCUUCAGCUGGCCUUAAUGUUGACUUUGAAUCUGUGUUUGGAAAUAAAUCUACCAACGUUAUUGUAGAUUCUGGGGGCUUUGAUGAACUAGGUGGACUUCUCAAACCAACAGUGGCUUCUCAGAACCAGAGUCUUCCUGUUGCCAAACUUCCACCUAACAAGUUAGUAUCUGAUGACUUGGAUUCAUCCUUAGCAAACCUUGUGGGCAAUCUUGGCAUUGGAAAUGGAACCACUAAGAAUGAUGUAAAUUGGAGUCAGCCAGGUGAAAAGAAGCUAACUGGAGGAUCUAACUGGCAACCAAAGGUUGCACCAACAACUGCUUGGAAUGCUGCAACAAUGAAUGGCAUGCAUUUUCCACAAUACGCACCCCCUGUAAUGGCCUAUCCUGCUACUACACCAACAGGCAUGAUAGGAUAUGGAAUCCCUCCUCAAAUGGGAAGUGUACCUGUAAUGACACAACCAACCUUAAUAUAUAGCCAGCCUGUCAUGAGACCACCAAACCCCUUUGGUCCUGUAUCAGGAGCACAGAUACAGUUUAUGUAACUAGAUGGAAGAGAAUGGAAUUAUUCCAAAAAGACAAGUGCUCAAGCAGCAAAUACUUACUUCGAGCAAAAUCCAAACUGCUGUCUCUUAAACUCUCUUCUUCCAUUAGGAUGCUACAGUAACCCAGUGAAGGCCCAUGAAGGAAAUUGGGACUAGUAUAUAGGAGAACGUAUCAAUACAGUUUAUAAAGCCAAGAAUUGCCAUGAUUUCAGACUAAGAUCUUUUUGGUGACUAACCCUUCAGUUCUUUCAACUCUUAUUAAUACCCAUAAUCAGUAACCUACCAAGAAAAAAGCCCUUAUUUGGAAAGUGUGAAAUUUGUAUUUGGAAAAGCUGCCUGGAGAGAAGAGCUGUGUCCUUUCCUGUAAUGCAACAGGACUCUUUUGGGGGGAUCAAAAUCAUAAUUCUUAAUUAUGCAGUAUCUUUCUUUUCUCCAGUCCUCACAGACACAGAAACAGUAACUAAAAUUAACUUUUCUUUUAAAAAAUUAUAUAUUCAGUUUGCAGUAGACAUUCCUUAAGUAUUUGUAUUUAUUUAUGAUUAUCAAUUUACGUAACAUUAAUAUUGUAUCAGACCUCCUUAUGAAAAUGAGUAUGGAUGUAAACAGUAUGUUUGAUUUUUAUCCAUAAGAAUGAAUCUGAUUCCGAAUGCUUUUCAGCUGACAUACAGAGCACUAAAUAUUUUAAGGCAAGUCCAUAGGUCUGAAUCGCUUCAGAAUUCUCAGUCUCUAUGGGAUUUAGGGAAGCAUUAUAAAUGCAUUAAUCCUUAUAGUCAAUUCUGUGCCUAGGAUUUUGCAAGGGAACAGUUCACUGACUAGGAAAAGCACUACAUUUUAAAUUCAGCAUUAGUGCAUUGGGAAGGAACUUUACUGCUUUGUGCUUGGCAUGUCAUUAUUUUCCAUUUGACAUUAGGGCCUUUCCAAAAUGAAUGUGAGGAAUUGCUUUCACUUCAAGACUUUCCUUCUUUUCAGUAAAACUCUAGGAGGUGUUAUGGGGGGAGGGAAGGGGACAAAAUCCUUGAAACCUUUUAUUUGGCUCAUGCCAUGUUAUGAUCAUGUACCUUUUAAAUAAGGGGAAAUAGUAUCUUUAAAGUUAAUGUCUAGCCAAGAGUUUAGUUAACGAAGAAUUAAACUGCACUGUUGAUCGGUGCUUUGUGUAAAUACAUCUUAACGUUUCGGUUGAGAGGGGCCUUAAGAAGGACAGUUCGUUGUAGGAAAGCAAUUCUGUACAUGAGUUUAAGCAUACUUGUUGCAUUGUCUCUGCAGAUUCUAUUUUUGUUUACAAUAUUAAAAUGUAUGUUAGCAAAAAUGGGUGGAUUUUCAAAUAAAAUGCAGCUUCCACAAAAUUUUUGUUAUGGUA